GGGCACUUCCUGUGUUGGCUCCAGUGGGAGGAGUGAAGUUAGUUCAGUCUAGUUCCUGGUGUGGGUCCUAGUGGAACUCGGCAACCAUGGACAUUGAAGCAUAUUUUGAAAGAAUUGGUUAUAAGAACUCCAGGAACAAAUUGGACCUGGAAACAUUAACUGACAUCCUUCAGCACCAGAUCUGGGCCGUUCCCUUUGAGAACCUGAACAUCCAUUGUGGGAAGCGCAUGGAACUGGGCUUGGAGGCCAUUUUUGAUCAAGUGGUGAGGAGGAGGCGGGGUGGCUGGUGCCUCCAGGUCAAUCACCUCCUGUACUGGGCUCUGACCACCAUGGGUUUCCAGGCCACCAUGUUGGGAGGCUACGUGUUCAGCCCUCCGGCCGACAAAUACAGCAGUGCUAUGAUUCACCUUCUGCUGAAGGUCACCUUGGAUGGUAGACACUACAUAGUCGAUGCUGGGUUUGGAUGCUCUUACCAGAUGUGGCAGCCUCUGGAGUUAAUUUCUGGGAAGGAUCAGCCUCAGGUGCCCUGCGUCUUCCGCUUAACUGAAGAGAGAGGAACCUGGUACCUGGACCAAAUCAGAAGAGAGCAGUACAUCCCAAACCAGGAAUUUGUUAACUCUGAUCUCCUGGAAAGGAACAAGUACCGAAAGAUCUACUCCUUUACUCUGGAGCCUCGAACAAUUAAAGAUUUUGAGUCUGUUAAUGAGUACCUUCAGACGUCUCCAGCAUCUUUGUUUACAGGCAAGUCGUUCUGUUCCUUGCAGACCCCAGAUGGGGUUCACUGUUUAGUGGGCCUCACCCUCACCUUUAGGAAAUUCAAUUAUAAAGACAAUGUGGAUUUGGUGGAGUUUAAGACACUGAAUGAAGAAGAAAUAGGAGAAGAGCUGAAAAAUAUAUUUAAUAUUUCCUUGGAGGAAAAGCUUGUGCCCAAAUAUGGUGAUAAAUUCUUUACCAUUUAGAGUAAGCAGUAGAAAUGAUCUUCAGUACUAUUGUAUUAUUGCAUCUUGUAUUAUACACGGAAACUUCUUAUUAUAAAAAUCAAAUAUACAUAAAAGUAGAGAGAAUAAAAUAAUUAACCUCUAUGCAUCACCCAUUUUGCCAACUGUCCACUGGUAACCUCAUAUUUCCUCAAUGACAGUAUUUGAUAUUAAAGAAAACUCUAGAUAUUAAAUCAUUUCAACCUUUAAAA